AUGGAGCUCGCCGCCGGCAGCCGGGAUGCCACCUGGAAGAGUGCGGUUCCCGUCCUGAUGGGCUGCUUGGGAGGCGUUCUCUGUGUCCGCGGUGAACACAGUGCCUCUUUGCUGGCGGUGGUGCUGGUCCUGGCGGGCUGCACCUCCCGCGGCGUGAAAUCUAUCUGGCAGCAGCGGCUAAUCUGCUUGGAACAACUGGGGCCGGCCCGCCUUGCUGCCUGGGCAGCCGUUUGGACAUUGCUCCUCACCCUCCCUUUCGCAAUAAUCUGGGAAGGAGCCAGCUUGUUUCGAGCAAUGCCUGGUGCUUCGAAGCAUGCGCUUUGUGCUACUUUGAUCUCCUGUGUGGCAGCGGUGCUACUGAAUCUGUCGCAAUGGACAUCUAUGCGGUACUUGGGCCCGGUGAUGCAGCAGAUGUUUGGCAACUUGCAGCUUGUUUUCGUGCUCAUCCUUGCUGCCGUUUGGCUUGACGAAGCUUGUUCGCCUGAACAGGUGCUGGGAACGGUAAUUCUGGUCAUUGGCGUACUUGUUGCCAAGGCCGCUCCGGAGAAGGUUCACAACGCCAGGAAAUCCCGCCUUUCACAAGUCCCUCAGCCAGGCUACCAGGCCACAGAAACGCCGACGAGGACGAAAUCGGUGGUCAUGGCUGACGAAAGCAUUCCGCCGCACUUAGAGUGCGCGAUAUGCAUGAAGUUGUUGUUGGAGCCCGUGUCCGUGCCUUGCGGUCACACGUUCUGUCAAACGUGUUUGGAGCAGGCGAUGGGAUACAGGAACCUGUGUGCCGUGUGCCGUGCACCGGUACCUCCCGGGCAAUCGGUGAACAUCCUCAUCCGCAGCAUGAUUUCGGAGCAGUACCCCAGAGCUUUAGCCGGCCGGCGAAGAGAAGUUGAGGAGGAGCUGCGCCAAGCGGAGCGAAACGCAGAAGAGGAACGUCAGCGAGAGGUGGCUGGAGAUGCCCCGGCACAGACUGAAGCCAAUGGGGCCGGCGGAGACGUCAUCAUUCUACCGGUUCUCAGGCACAAGCGGCCAAUGCUUCCGCAGUGCCGAAUCGGUCACGAGCUAGACUCGCAAGGUGAACUGGUCGUGAACUUUGCCGUCCAGGGCGGCCGACGGAUCUGCAUGAUGCCACCUGAAGGAAACACAGGCGUGUGCAUGAACGUGGAACACCUUCGACCUGCUGGCCGGCAGGCAGCACAGGUCGCACUUGUUGGCAAGUUCCGCGUCCGCUUGACCGAGCAGCCCCAUCUACAUGAGGAUGGGUUUGAACUCGGUCGCUUCGAGGCGUACUUUGACACGCCUUUGCCGCUGAACUUGCUUGGUCGCGAGGCUCCGCAAGAAGGAGCCGACGGCGAGGAACCGGCCCCACUGGUUGCAGAGGCUGCAAUGCAGGCUGUUGAGCGACAGCUGGAGAUGCUGGGUUCCGGAAGCAGGUAUGUUUUCACUGAAAGCUGUGGGGAGCCGCCUGCUGCGCUUCGCCGGAGACCGGGUGGAACAUUGACGUCGGCAGAUUUGGAGCAACUUUCCUUCUGGCUUCUGGGCGCCAUCAUGAUGCACGAUGGCGACAGGAAGCAAUGGGUGGAGUCCACGGACACGCAGAAACGGCUGCUGGCGUGUCGGAAGAAGCUCAAGGAGGCCGGGGCGCGCCCGGUUCUGAACCUUCCUGGCUCGGAUUCGUGGAUGCACCCAACGCAGUCAUCUUGGAGCAGCCUGGUACUGCUCCUCGUCGUUUUGGCCGCUCUCUUGGCGAAGGCACUCGGGCUCUUCGACAGUUGGGGACGCAACCCAUCGAGGCAGAGCUUGAGCAGCCGUCGCUUCAAUUGA